AUGUUCCGCUCGGCCGCUCUCCUCUCCUUCGCUUCCGUCACGCUCGCGCAGACCUACUCCGCGACGUACACCCCCGACGACACGCCCAAGCAGUCCGAGAAGGGCCAGACCGGCACGAACCAAUGCGGGUCCAGGAGCAACCAGUCGUCGAUGUGCCAGAACGUCUACAUCAACUCGCUGGAGGACUUCUGCAUCUUCGGGCCUCCCGAACCCGGCCCGGGCUCUGUUGUCGGCAACACGGAGCGCAUCGAGAUCGCGUGGUGUGUCCAGGCUGGGCACGGCACUCGCCUCAUCCCGGACGGCACCAUCUCCGGCGCGCACUUCGUCCAGACCCCGGAUUAUGUACAGGUUACGGGCGUAGGCGACCUGACCAAGAUUAACAUUCCUGCGGGCGACGAAGGUGGUGAACUCGAUCCGCACGGCGCGGACGGCAACGGCAACCCCAUCGGCGGUCUGGUCUUCUCCAACGCGUUCGGUGGUUCGUACCACCAGAUGCACGAGUGGACGAAUUUCAUCUCCGCGAACGAGUUCUGCAUCCGCGCGUGCAAGGAUGGCCCCAAGGCACCCGCGAUGUGCGAGCACAUCUACGACGUCAUGGGCUGUUUCUGGAACAUGCCCGGGGACUACUCCACCGGCUCCUUCGACUCGUGCCAGGGCGACUCCGGUGAGCCGAUGGGCGUGUACGGCACCUCGACGUUCCACCAGGGCAGCCGACGACGCCUGACCCACACCCCGCACCCGCCAAGUCCCAAUGCGCGAAGGCGAACACGCACCGGGUCGAGUUCGCGCGUCAGCUCGACCGCGUCGGGACCCAACGCGCUCACGUCGGCGGCGUCGUCUACUGCAAGCGCGACAUCUGGUCGCUCGCAGGGCACUUCUAGUACUUCGGGCACUUCUACGGUACGCCCCUCCUGCAUGGUUCCGUCGAUAAAAGAGCACGGGCUGACUGGACGCUUACAGAAAGCACCCUCCGCGCCUUCCUCCAGCACAUCGUCAGCGUCGACCACGUCUGCAGCAGGCAACCACUCGAACGGCGCUGUCGCGUUCGGGGCCGCGCGCGAGCUCGCGUUCGCCGGCGCUGCUGUCGUCGUCGGUGCUGCGCUCCUCGCAUAA